AUUGGGCGUGUUACACAAUCAGUCGCACGAAACAAAUACGUUGAUUCGUAAAUAUAUUUUAUAUAUACACAAGUGAAAAAGUCUAUUGACAAGGUCCAUACAUAGUAAAAAUUAAUCAAAAUGUUGCGCAUACCAGGCAUGCCCCUCUUGCCAGGGACGCUCUUUCGUGAAGUUAGUAAAGUUUAUUAUCCCAAAUCACAAACGUUGCUCAACUUUCGUGGUAUACCGAUGCUCAACGAUCGGCAAAACUCGAUUCCCGUGGAUCCCGCCGGUAUUGUGGUCGACAUCAGCUGCCCGCCAGCGAAUGCUCAAGCACUAUAUCCCCCACGAUCGGGCCCGCGGCUACCUCCAUGGUUGGCGUAUGACAAGAAGGUUCUUAGUUUUAAAGCCUAUUUCAAACAGACACUGCAGGAGAAUUUUCAUGCCCCCUAUAUGGUCAGGCAUGUGAAGGUCUAUUACUAUCUGGAAGAUGGCACUUUGGAAAUUCACGAGCCAAAGGUCCAGAAUUCGGGCAUUGUGCAGGGCUGUGUUCUGCACCGACAGCGGGUGCCGAAGCCACCGCCAUGUGAUAACGAGUUUCUAUCGAUUACUGAUCUCAAUGUGGAUACAACGGUGCAGAUCUUCGAUCGAUUCUAUCACAUCGUCGACUGCGAUACUUUCACACGAACUUUUCUCAAUAAGCGCGGCAUUGUGGUGCCCGAUCCGGUGAUGGCUGCAGUUGAUCCUGCCGAGGCUGUUCGCAACCGUGUCGUGGCACGAGCCAGCAAUCCGGCUGAAAAACGGCAUCCGUUUGCCCAGUUCCUCAAGUAUGAUCGUCAGGUACUUAAAUUUCAAGCCUAUUGGGACGAUCGCACUGAUAUGGGUGAUGUGCGCAAGCUGGAGGUCUGCUACUACCUGGCCGAUGAUACCAUCGAGGUGAAGGAAGCUCACAUACGAAACUCGGGACGCGACGGUCCGAGCGUGUUUCUCAAGCGCGGAAAAUUGCAGCGCGAAUUUGAUGGAAUGAUGCUGCCAGGUCAACAGACGCCGGUAACCCUGUUGAAUGUGCUUGGAUCCAAUCGGAACGUUCGUUACUGUGUCGAUCCGCUCAAUAUUGGUAACAAGGAGAUUCUCUACUACACUCAACGCGAUCUGCAGAUCGGCAGUGUAGUCAACGUUUAUGGCCGAGCCGUAGUUAUCACGGACAUGGAUCCGUUCACCCGGCAGUACUAUCGCGACCACUAUGGCAUCGAGCAGUUCACACCAUUGUCCAUGCCAACUCGAUCGGAUGUCUGCAAGCCGUAUGACAAGUCUGGACGCAUGUUGCCGCCGUUCAAUGGCUGGGGCACUUACGAGGACUCGGCAGGCAAUUGCAUGUCGAUCGUGAUCAAGAGGCCGAAAACAGAUUUUAGGAAGUUCAUCAAAUUCGAUCGUUAUGUCCUCCGUUUCGGUGCAAAGAUGCUUUCGACCAUACGAGAGAAUUGUGAACGGAUCUUUGUGAUCAGCUACUAUAUGAGCGAUGAUACGAUGCAGGUGCAGGAGGUAGCAGUACGCAAUUCGGGCUUCCUUGGCGGUGUAUUUAUGAAGCGCACCCGAGUUUUGAUGCCCGGCCAGGAAAAGUUUUCGUGCAAGCAGCCCCAGUACUAUAGGCCGUGCAACUUCUACAUAGGUGGCACAAUGUCCAUUAAGGAUUUCCUAUUCCAUUUGGUGUCGGCAGAUGAGUUCACAUUGAUGUAUAUGGAGCAUCAUCCGGAUCAGUUUACUCAUAGCAAUAUAGAGCUGAUCUUGGAGAAGGUGCGCAAGUCUCUGGAGCCGCGUAUGUCACAGUUUGUUUCCAGCUGUGUGCCCGACUAUCAGGAUCUGGAAAAGAAAAUGGAGAAGCGUUCAGUUUUCAUUUCCUUUGAGAGCCUCAAGGGUGCUUUGGUUGCGUUGAUGGGCAAUCAGAUCAGCGAUCAUGAGAUCAUCUCACUGUGUCGCCACUUUUCCGGCGAACAGGCGGCGCCGAAUGCCUGCGAACGGGAGAAGGUGCGUGCCUCGGCCCAUUUGGAGAUCAAACGGGCGCUUUGGAAUGGUCGGGAUGAACUGAUGGAGCACUUCCAUCAUAUCAAUCCAACCAAUAAGCCAUUCCUGCCAGAAAGCCAGGUGCGUUCGACGUUGCGUGGUUUCCGCAUGCCGUUCACACUGGAGCUAAUCGAUACAAUUUUGUCGGUGCUGAAUCGAAAUGAUUGCGAUGACAUUGAGGUUUGCGAUCUGAUGAACUUCAUCGAUGUGUCGUGCACCAAAGGCUGCGAUAUGCCACCUAUCAACUAUGCCUUCGAGCUGUGCCCCAAGCUGCCCUUCCAAUACAAAGGACGUGUCGUGGACUUUGGGUGCCUACUCAAAGCCCUCAACCUGCCUCUCAAUCUGCCCGAUAGCAACGCCCAGCCGACCAAAAUGAUAGGUGAUGCGCGCAUCAUGCCGCCCUCGGCAACAGCUGACUGUUGAGGAUAGCCGCAUUAUCAAUUUCCAAUACCCGGUCCCACCCGGAUCAUCGACAGACGGCCAAAACACCAACACAGAUCCUCUCGAUCAUCAGUGUUCGCCCAACACCUGAUCAUCGACAGAUUGUUGUUACAUCUACACAGGUCGUUGAUCUUCAAUACCAAAUCACUGAUGCUCGGAUCAGUGAACGGAACGGAAGUGAAUGAUGUUAUCGUCAUGCAAUUUUAAUUUGUUAAACAGUUUUUUGUUUACAGCUCUGUUCCUUAAAUAGGAUACAUCGAAAUUUCUUGUAUAAUAUGCAAUCGAUUUAGCGGACAACUCAUUAGCUCAAUUGUCGUAAAGCAUACAAACAAUACGUGCAUCAAAACAUCUCGCGCACAUAUACAAACAUACAUUUUACAUACUAAA